CCGUAUCAGACUUUCAAAAAGAUUAUACUCAAGUCUAAAAAUAAAUGUAUUGCAAGUUACAGAUCAAGCUUAAGCCUUAAAUUUUCCAACAAGCCAUGUUUAGGCCACCUAGCUUGGCCCAGCCCUAUUUGCGAAACUGUUUCCUGUUUAUGUUGUUGGGGUGUUUUGUUUCCCUGUCCCUUUUGAUGUAUUGCUAUUGUUAAGGUGGUUGUGAUGGAGCUGGCUCUUAUGGGAGGCGUCGUUUUCUGUUCAGCUGCUGCUGUUCUUUACACUUGCAGCAAAUACAAUCACAGGAAUGCAGAAAUUCUUAAAUCUGUUACCCAGGUCAAUAAGUUGAUGGACAUAGAACAAUUGCUGGAUGGAGAAAGAUCACACUUGGUUGUUGCAAUUUCUGGGUGUGUUGUUUCUGAAACCCCAAUUAAGUGCGAGUUGACUGGUUUAAGAGGUGUUGUAGUUGAAGAAACAGUAGUGCAACAUUAUCUAAGAGAGUGUGAUGCUAAUAAGCUAAUAAUGAAAUGUAAUGACAAUGGCUCUUGGCUGCAAAAUUCUCCGUUGACAUUGUACACUCGCAAUGAGGUUCCUUGGUAUCUGGAUGAUGGGACCGGUCGCGUGCUUGUGGUUGGAAGCGAGACGUUUGAAGAUUCGGGUUGGGCACGUGCAUGUAAAACAUUGAAUCAUCUCCAAGGUGUAAAGGUGGGAGUGUCAGCUCCAUUGUCUGCUUCGGUCUCUGUGGUAGGACUUAAGAGAAUUGAAUGGGCACUUCCGUUUGGAACUUCCUUGACUGUUGUUGGUGAGGCCUCUAGAGAUGGUGACGGGACUGUUCGAAUUCAGAGACCUCCCAAAGGACCAUUUUAUGUUUCCCGCAAAACGAUUGAUGAACAGAUUGCAGAUCUUACAUAUUUCGCGAGGAGGUUUAAGUAUGCUUCUGUGGGACUCACGCUGUUUGGUGCUUGGCUAAUAGCCGAAUUUGCUAUUUGGUGCAUCACGAAAGACGGUGAUGCUGUGAGCUGUGAAAAAGUGGAAAUUGCUCCGGUGGACUUUUCUGAAGGCGUUGGUAGCCAACAAGUUGACUCUUCAUAGUUAUUCACUAGUUGCAGAAUGAGUAUUCCCUUCUAUUUGUAGAUUUGUCCAAGAGUUCCUUCAUUUUCAUAUGCCUUAAUUGAUGAUCAUUAAUUUGUGACUUUAGCAUGAUUCAGUUAUUUUGGUUAGGCGUUGUUUUGGUAGUUUGGAUUUUAUAUAGGAGUGUGUAUUUUGGAGUUCCAUUAUGCUUUUCAGUACAUGAAAGUUUUGACAUACAGUUGGUUGUUAACCUUUUAUUAAGGAUAUUUAAUGUUGUUUAGUGAUUCAUAUUUUGGAAUGUUAGAAAA